AGAAUGGCUGCAAUUACAAUGACGAGCAAACAUUGAACUUCAAGACAGAUAGAACCAAGCUUUGUAUACUGUACAUAAACAGAUAAUGACUGUGAAUCAGUAAAUGAAAAUGUGCUGAGCCAGUAGUGAUCAGCUCUGAUGAAUGGGAGUUAAAGGAUUGUGGAGGGCUUUGAAGCCCAUCAAGGAAGAGGUUUCUAUUUUGUCUCUCAGAGGUAAAGUGCUGGCUGUUGACUUGGCUAUAUGGGUGGUACAGUCUGAGACAGUGACCAACAAUGAGUACCAGGGAAUAUACCUUCGCCAAAUGUUCUACAAGAUAAAUCACUUGUUGGAACAUGGGGUAGGUAUUAUCAUUGUAACAGAUGGUCGUGCUCCACAUCUUAAAGCUCUUACCAUCGCUAGAAGACUUGGUCUAGAACUCGACAGAAACAACAAGGUUAUUCAAAGAAGACGGUUUAUGAGGAUUAUGAAGGAAUGUGAAACGUUGGCUCUGUCUCUUGGACUUACUGUCUUAAAAGGAGCGUUUGAAGCAGAGGCAGCUGCUGCGAAGCUGCAAAUGGAUGGAAUAGUAGAUGGAGUGAUCACUACUGACGGUGAUGCUUUCUUGUAUGGAGCUAGGCAGGUGUACCGGAAUCUCCUGGUUACAGAGACGCAUUGUGAAGUGUAUAAUAUGAGCAGAGUAGAGACGGAGGUAGGCUUGUCACGUGACGAUCUAGUGGGGAUGGCGAUACUGAACGGUUGUGAUUUUAACCCUGAUGGAAUAUCAGGACUAGGGAGAGGGGCAGUGCUGAACUACAUACUAUCACGUGACAGGGGGAGAAGUGUAACAGAGGAGAUAGUUGGGUGGAGCGAGCAGGCUCAAGUUAUAGGAGACAAGUAUAAACAGUUGGAGGGCAUCAAGAGGAAACCUCACUGCGGAAUUUGUAAACAUCAAGGUAGCAAAAAAGAGCACACACGAUCAGGGUGCACGUGCUGCAACUCCACGUCAGGAUGCGCACCAAACACCACACCCUGCUCCUGCACCAAACACGUCGCGCAGCGCUUACUAAGCUCUCCUCACAUGCAGUGUUGUGUUAAGUUCGUUAGACAGAACACUGUGGCUGUUAUACCCGUUAAAGAGAUAGUUGCUGAGUUCAGUAAUACCAGUUCUAACGACACAGUAACACCUGGCUGGAGCCUCCCACCGUGCUCUUCCUUUGUCAACUACAUGCAGGAGAAACUACAAUGGAGAAAACAGGGCUCAGCAGAGAAGUUUGCACACAUAGCUGCACUCCAUCACAUCUCUCAAAACAUCACUUUCUCUAAACCUUAUCCUGUUGUCGAUGACUCAACUUCACGUGGAGAGCGCGUGGCUGCACGUGGAGACCGUGUCGCUGCACGUGGAGAACACACUUCUCUGCCCACAGAGCAUGCCACUUUGAAGUUCAACCACAUUCUGAAGAAGAGAAUUAAGGAUAAAGUUGAUAUGUACGAGUUGGAGUACUCAGUUCUGGACCACAAGCUAAAGUCCUGGCUGGAGUUUGAUGUAGUGUACGCUAAAUUAACCGCUGAGUUUGUUCAAUAUCUUCUACCAAGUGCAGUGCAGGAGUUUAGUGCCAGAGAGAAACAGGUGACCAGGAAGAAGAAGGAGAAUGUUCCUCCAAUAUACGAGCGGUAUCCCACCAAGAAAACCAGCCCAGCUCAGACUAGACCCAGAACAGCUGGGAAGAAAACUAAGGGCGGGAAGAAAAUAGACAAUUUAACUGAUAGUCUUAGUUCCCUCAAGAUAUCGGGAACUGUCAACUUUGGUGAUAUUACUGCCAGUGUUUCUUCCUCUACGAUCAGUAGUAGUUCUGAAGGUAAUAAGAUAGCUGGUAAGAUAGAUGAUAAGAAAGAGAGUGAGUUGUCUAGUUCUGAAGAUGAGUACAUACCGCUAAGCGAGAGAUUAGCGCUGCGCCGUGCCAAGUCUGCCAAGGCUGCCGGUUCCUCCUCAUCAAGUCCCGAUAAUGCAGUUGGAUCAACGUCCUCACUUUCCUCUUUAGACAGCAAACAAACUUCGGAAAUCAGUGAGGGUGUUCGUCAUAAACAUGAUAAACCAUAUCAAAUCGAAACAGAAACUGAUAACCUAAGUGAAAGAGAAACUGUUUUCAUAACCACUCCCGGUGAAGAUAACACUUUGUCUGGAUCCGAAACUGACGGUUAUAUUGACAGUGAUGUUCAGUUGCUUCCCCUCAACUUUAUGAACGAGUAUUUGGACCUGUCACGUGAUGACAUAUUGGGAAUAUCCCGCGAGAAAACAGACAUACAAGACAUAGAAGCGGAGUAUGGAGACAGUGUGGCCAGCAAGAGAACUGAAUUAUCUCAGAGCUCACAUAUUUCUCAUAUUUCUCAUAAUUCAGACAUAUUAUACAAUUCAUCUCAAAACUCAGGUAUAUCUCAGAGCCAUCAGGAGAAUGGUUUAUCCCUGAAUCUGGACCCUGAUAAUCAGAGCAUUUCCCGUGAAAACUCCUUCCUAGCAACUGAGAGUGUAGACUCAGAGGACUACAGAGAGCUAAUUGGGGGAGGCGACUAUCACAAACUGUUCUUCGCAACCCCACGUGGGGAACACACUAACCCACGUGGGGAACACACUAACCCACGUGGGGAACACACUACUCAUGCUGCUCUUGAUAGAUGCGAGAGUGUGAAGGUUUCUGCUUUACCUGGUGCUGAAGUUGAAAUACCUACGAUGGAUCUCUCCCAGCAGUCUACGCGAACUGAAUGUGAAGAUGGUGAUAUCUCUCGUGAAAAUUGUGAUAUUUCUCGUGAAGAUGGUGAUAUCUCUCGUGAAGAUGGUGAUACCUCUCGUGAAGAUUGUGAUAUUUCUCGUGAAGAUGGUGAUAUCUCUCGUGAAGAUGGUGAUACCUCUCGUGAAGAUGGUGAUAUCUCUCGUGAAGAUGGUGAUAUUUCUCGUGAAGAUGGUGAUAUCUCUCGUGAAGAUGGUGAUAUCCCUCGUGAAGAUGGUGAUAUCUCUCACGAAGCGGGCGAUAUUUCUCGUGAAGAUGGUGAUAUCUCUCAUGAAGGUGGUGAUAUUUCUCGUGAAGAUGGUGAUAUUUCUCAUGAAGCGGGCGAUAUUUCUCGUGAAGAUGGUGAUAUCUCUCAUGAAGCGGGCGAUAUUUCUCGUGAAGAUGGUGAUAUCUCUCAUGAAGGUGGUGAUAUUUCUCGUGAAGAUGGUGAUAUCUCUCGUGAAGAUGGUGAUAUCUCUCAUGAAGCGGGCGAUAUUUUUCGUGAAGAUGGUGAUAUCUCUCAUGAAGCGGGCGAUAUUUCUCGUGAAGAUGGUGAUAUCUGUCAUGAAGGUGGUGAUAUUUCUCGUGAAGGUGGUGAUAUCUCUAAUGAAGAUUGUGAUAUCUCUCGUGAAAAUGGUGAUAUUUCUCGUGAAGCAUCUAUAAAUUACCAGGAUCACCUUCCACUAGAUGUUGUGAACAUAUCAUCAGAUUUCUCAGAAGCUGAUGUAAGCAUUGAUAACACCAGUCUACAUAGUCAACAGCAAACUCAGAUUUCAAGCUCGGAUAAUGAAGACGACGAUGGAGUGAGUGAAGAUAAUGUUGGGCUUAAGGAAGAUGAUUUUGGGUUUAGGGAUAGCUUUUUGAAUGGUGAACUUGCCUCCUCCGUAUCUAUACCUUCAGAGAAUAAUGAAACUGGUAUUAUUGUUCAGUUAGACGCAGAUUUGACGAGUAACGAUAACGAGACAAGUUUUGAUCUAAGUGUCGAGUUAGACGCCAGAUUACAGGACAUUUCAGAUUUAAGUGGAGGUUUCUCACCCAAAACUCCUGCUCAACAACACGUGAUUUCUGAUUUCUCUGACUUGUCACUAAGCCCCAGUUUCUCAGAGCACGUGUCAGACCACGUGGCAGACCACGUGGCAGACCACGUGACAUUGAGCCCCGCUAAACCAGCUCCUCUACCAAACAUUCCAUCUGAACUGGUCGAAUCAGUUAUCAGAGACUCGGUUAAGGAGAUAUCUGAUAACGGGAUAGUAUCAGGUGAGAUAGCAAGUGAGAUAGCAGGUGAGAUAGCAAGUGAGAUAGCAAGUGAGAGCUUCUCUCCGGGUGCCAGCUUUUCCUGGUCCGACCCGUUAGUACUGGUCCCAGACACACCGCUACACUCUCAUGAUCUACUAACACGUGGUGUUAUGUCACGUGUCAUAUCACGUGAUAUGUCACGUGAUAUGUCACGUGGUCUCCCCUCAGGAGGAUCUGCUGUUCUCGGACCUAUAACCCCAAACAAACCCUCACUUUCUCAACCUCAUAAACUUUUCUUUGACAUUUCAAACUUCUCUGAUUUGGAGCUGUCUUUAUCCAUCACAGAUGAUAGCCCCGGUCUGCAAGCCCCUCCAGAUUCUAUUAUACAACAUGUCCCCGGUCUGCAAGCCCCUCCAGAUUCUAUUAUACAACAUGUCCCCGGUCUGCAAGCCCCUCCAGAUUCUAUUAUACAACAUGUUCCCUCUCAGCCUGAUCUACCCUCUCCUGAGAGGGUAAUACCUGACCUCCUCUCUCAACCUCCUGACCUCCUCUCUCAACCUCCUGACCUCCUCUCUCAACCUCAUUUACCUCCGGAUACCUCGUUUCUGGAACCUCAAAUACAAAUCUCAACUCCUACAUGGCACCGUAAACCUCUGUCUGACAUACGAUUUACAUCUACUCCGCAAUCGUUUACAUCUACUCCGCAAUCGUUUACAUCUAUUCCGCAAUUGUUUACAAAUAACGAUGAUAUUGUUGCUGGGAAUUUUGGUUCUAAUCCACUGCCUGGUAUAGAGGGUGAAAUGUUUGGAAACUUUAAUUGUAAUGUUACUGAGCUUUUGCAAACAACUGAUAACACUUAG